GUCAUGUGACUGCGCCUCUGACCCUCGAUUAGAGUGAGAGCCGCCGCGUUUGGAUUGGGGGAAAAAGUGGGGCGGUGGGGCAAGAUGGCGGCGCACCUGUCCUACGGGCGAGUGAACUUGAACGUGCUGCGCGAGGCGGUGCGUCGGGAGCUGCGCGAGUUCCUGGACAAGUGCGCGGGAAGCAAGGCAAUAGUUUGGGAUGAGUACCUCACAGGACCAUUUGGCCUGAUUGCACAAUAUUCACUACUGAAGGAACAUGAAGUGGAAAAAAUGUUCACACUUAAAGGAAGUCGUUUGCCCGCAGCUGAUGUCAAGAAUAUUAUUUUUUUUGUCCGACCCAGGCUAGAAUUGAUGGAUAUCAUUGCUGAAAAUGUGCUCAGUGAAGACAGACGUGGCCCAGCAAGAGAUUUCCACCUUUUGUUUGUGCCACGACGUAGCUUAUUAUGCGAACAGCGGUUGAAGGAUCUAGGUGUUUUGGGCUCCUUCAUUCAUAGGGAGGAGUACAGCCUGGAUCUCAUUCCAUUUGAUGGGGACCUCUUGUCCAUGGAAUCAGAGGGUGCAUUCAAAGAGUGCUACCUGGAGAGUGACCAGACGAGCCUCUACCAUGCAGCCAAGGGGCUGAUGACCCUGCAGGCUCUGUACGGGACGAUCCCCCAGAUCUUUGGGAAAGGAGAGUGUGCCCGGCAAGUGGCCAAUAUGAUGAUCAGGAUGAAGAGAGAGUUUACAGGAAGCCAAAAUUCAAUAUUUCCUAUUUUUGAUAAUCUCCUGUUGCUGGAUCGAAACGUGGAUUUGUUAACACCUCUUGCCACUCAGCUUACGUACGAAGGACUCAUUGAUGAAAUUUAUGGCAUUCAGAACAGUUAUGUGAAAUUACCUCCGGAGAAAUUUGCACCCAAGAAACAGGGUGAUGGCGGGAAGGAUCUUCCCACGGAAGCCAAGAAGCUUCAGCUGAACUCUGCGGAGGAGCUGUACGCGGAGAUCCGAGACAAGAACUUCAACGCCGUGGGCUCCGUGCUCAGCAAGAAAGCCAAGGUCAUCUCGGCGGCGUUUGAGGAAAGACACAACGCCAAGACGGUGGGGGAGAUCAAGCAGUUCGUUUCCCAGCUGCCCCACAUGCAGGCAGCCAGGGGCUCACUUGCCAAUCACACCUCAAUUGCAGAGUUAAUCAAAGAUGUCACUACUUCUGAAGACUUCUUUGAUAAAUUAACAGUGGAGCAGGAGUUUAUGUCCGGAAUAGACACUGAUAAGGUCAACAGUUACAUUGAGGAUUGUAUUGCCCGGAAGCAUCCGCUGAUCAAGGUGCUGAGACUCAUUUGCCUCCAAUCCGUGUGCAAUAGUGGACUCAAGCAAAAAGUUUUGGAUUAUUACAAAAGAGAAAUUCUCCAGACAUAUGGCUAUGAGCACAUAUUGACCUUACACAACCUGGAGAAGGCCGGCCUGCUGAAACCACAGACUGGGGGCAGAAAUAAUUAUCCAACGAUCCGGAAAACGCUACGCCUCUGGAUGGAUGAUGUAAAUGAACAAAAUCCCACGGACAUAUCCUAUGUGUACAGUGGCCACGCCCCUCUGAGCGUGAGGCUGGCCCAGCUCCUCUCCCGGCCUGGCUGGCGGAGUAUUGAGGAAGUUCUUCGCAUGCUCCCAGGGCCCCACUUUGAAGAACGGCAGCCGUUGCCCACGGGACUGCAAAAGAAACGUCAACCGGGAGAAAACCGAGUCACCCUGAUAUUUUUCCUUGGCGGUGUAACCUUUGCUGAAAUUGCUGCCCUGCGCUUUCUCUCCCAGUUGGAAGAUGGAGGUACAGAAUAUGUGAUUGCCACCACUAAACUGAUGAACGGGGCCAGCUGGCUAGAGUCUCUGAUGGAAAAACCUUUUUAGAGCGUUCAACAUGGACUUAACAAGCGGAUUGCAGAAUAAACUGCCCUUUUGAAGAAGCUGCUGGAAGGAAGUGUAACCCCAUAGAGGAAUAAUAACAUAGGAAUACAGAAUUUACUUUGGGGUCAGCUUCUGAAAUUAUACUGUUUUUUCUGCUUCUCUUUUGUGUUCCGAAUUUCUUGAAGAAAGAAGAAUUGGAAAGAAUCAACCUGGGUAAAGAAACACCAGUUUUUAAUGUUCUAAGCUCAGGAUUUUCAUUAGCGAUCUCUGGAAAUAUUGUAAGGAUGGUGGGGAUGGAUUAAUGUACAGCUGCACAAAUGGAGCCAGUUCUUAAAGAAAGAAAGCAGGGACCAAGCAGGGACACAUGAAAAUAAAAGUGGAAAGUCCAACCCCUAAUCAGUAAUGCUGAAUUUCUGAAGGUGCAUCAUGCCUAGCUAGGGCGAUGGGGGCUACAGCUAAUAUGAUCAUGGAAUUGACAUUUCUGUUUCCUGCAGAGUGUGGCUCAUUAUACUCAGUGUUACCAAUCUCUAUCUUACCUGAUCAUUAAGGCAAGUUUUGAUUCCUUCUGCUUUUGAUUUCUCUGCUUCUGUAAAGCAAGAGGUCUGUGCUUCUUUCUCCCAAAACAAAGUUUAUGAUCUGUCCAAUCAGCUAAAUCUAUGUGGGUCUCAUACUUAUCCGGGGCUUUUUUAGACAGAGGAAGAUAAUAAUUGGGGAGCAGCUUCCUGAGAAUUUCACCAUUCAAAGACACUUUCUUAGUGCACGUGUUAUUAUUACCUCCAAGACAUUUCAAUGGUGGAUGCCUCCACGGAGGUUUCAGCUUUCUUCCCUGCCCAUCGUGGGCCCAAUCCAGCUGGUCCCACUGUGAGCAGUGGCAACUUUGCUUCUUCAGCAUCCUGCAACUCCGUCUCCCUGGUAACCAUCACAUGUACUUCUCUAGCAGCAGUCUGCGGCCACUCCAUAUUCAGCUAUGUGUGUUUGUUUUGCUUGAAAACACUGGGCUCUGUUUCAGUCCCUAGUCUGGUGACCUUGGCCGCAUCUGGCGCAGCUUGUCAGUGAUCUUGGAGCCCAGUGGCCACAGCUACGACUCUACCUGCAGGAGACUGCUAGGCUGUGGGUGGGGAGGGUUGGGGGAGAAGUUAGAAAUCUCCCACCUGCUCCAUCCCAGCGUCUAGAGGAGUUAAGACCAAGAAGGGGACCAAAUUGAUGGCUUCACAGCCCUUGCCCAAGUCUCCAGCAAAAUUAGCUGGUCCCCCUCUUUGCUGGGGGACCAAAGUCAGCAUACAUGUUUUUCCUCACUUCUUUUCAUUAAUGGAAUUCUGUUAGGCACACCCCAUGUUAUGAAGUGAAAGAGAAAUUCUGUAUUAAAAAAAAAAAGUCUUCAGUAUAAGAAUGAGGAUAGAAGAAGUAAUAUUUAAAAGAUUUGCUUCUCAUGGAUUUAAUUUGGCCUUGACAUUCGGUGUUUGGAAAUGGUCUUAACAAAAACCAUUCCUGUUGUAGAAAAUCCUUUUUCAGAUCCUUGUUAUCCCAGGGAGAUUAGUUCAUACCUUCCAGCCCCAGCAGUUGUCAGCUUUAGCCGCCUUGGAGAAUGAAAUGCACCUUGUCCCUCAGGGUUUUUGGCUCAUGGGAUUCAAUUCAAGUCUAGUCAAGUCGCCUUGGCUGGGAUUUUUGUCCUAUGAACAGAUCCUCAGUUGUGUCUCAUGUGUCUACGUUCACUCUAUACUUGCCUGCUCAGAGCAUAGCUAGGUCAGCUGCGAAAAAUGCAUUUCACAGAA